AUGGAUAUUCUUGCCUUUCAAUCCACAGCCAAGAAUGGAUCUUCCUUAAACUGUAGAGCGCAAGAUGGUGAUCUGAUACAAAGCCGAGAUAAGAGGUGUCUCCACAGGACUGUCUGUGAUGAGUGGUCUGUCGACCCACUGGGUUUCUUGUCCGAUUCAUUGGUUUGGUUGUUCAGUGCCAAAGCGAAAGCCCCCAACGGAUCCAUUAUAAGGUUCACCCACAGCAACUUGGACAGCAGUCAUGAACUUGGCCAGACGAAACACGGCGACAAAGUGGAGCACAAGUCAGCACAGCUGAGCUCUCUUUGCAACUUCCGUGCCUUGGAUCCCCACUCGAAAUCCCAAUAUCGCUCCUUUAGGGAGUUGCAUCAUUCGUGCCAUCUCCCGUCACUGCCCCCGGGCCUUUCUUCUGCUGCAGUACGGACCCUCUUUAGUUAUCAAAUGGUGGACGAUCUUGGCCAUCCCGCGAAUCUUACGAUCCUUUCCAUUGUCUCUCUUCAGAUCCUCCUCUGGUUUCAGUAUCCCACAUUCAACACAGCUAUAGCUUUGGCAGUAUGCACAUGUCACCGGUAUCAUCUUAAUUUCACUCCAGCAGCUCUGCAAGCGUCUACUGCUGUUCGAACUCCAGGUCUGCACGGCUUCAAACCCACAAGACCCAACAAUGUCAGCCCACUUUCUUCAAGCUAUCAGACCCUGACUGCCAUUCUCUUCUUCAGAAAUUUUAUGAGCAAAGGCAAUGCACCGCAAGCUUUUGGCUGCCAUGUUCUGAAUAAUUGA